AUGCUUUUCCAGAACACCAUCCUCGCCGGCGUCGUGUCGCUCGCCUCGGUUGCCUCGGCCGGCAUCGUCAGCUUCACCAUCCCGAGCACCAUCGUGCCCGGCGCCAAGUUCACGGCCAACCUCGCCGACAACAACGCCACCAAGUCCAAGGACAUCUCCAUCGCCUUCGGCAUCGCCUCUCCCGACUACACCGACGCCUGGGCCCUCGGCACCGACCUGCUGGGCAAGUCCAUCCUGACCAACACCGACGUCACCCCCACGCCUGAGUCCGUCGACGUCGAGCUCACCGCCCCCUCGUACCUCCAGGAGGGCGAGGCCACCGUCGUCGCCAUCGUCCACGCCCUGUCCGGCGCCAGGCUGUUCCCCAUUUCCACCCUGUACAACGCCACCGUCACCGUCGGCAAGGCGGCCAGCGCCGAGACCGUCACCAGCGGCCAGGGCCUCAUCAUCCAGCACCAGUAUUAA